AUGUGCUUUUUAAGACGGCCGGGAGCGCCUGCGAGCUGGAUUCGGUGGAGGAUGCUGCGGCAGGUGCUUCGCAGAGGGCUCCAGUCGUUCUGCCACAGGCUGGGCUUGUGCGUGAGCCGGCACCCCGUCUUUUUCCUCACCGUGCCCGCAGUCCUGACCAUCACCUUCGGCCUCAGCGCGCUCAACCGCUUCCAGCCCGAGGGCGACCUGGAGCGCCUGGUCGCUCCCAGCCACAGCCUGGCCAAGAUCGAGCGCAGCCUGGCCAGCAGCCUUUUCCCCCUGGACCAGUCCAAAAGCCAGCUCUAUUCGGACUUACACACCCCCGGGAGGUAUGGCAGGGUGAUCCUCCUCUCCCCACCCGGGGACAAUAUUUUGCUCCAGGCUGAGGGGAUUCUGCAGACCCAUCGAGCCGUGCUGGAAAUGAAGGAUGGGAGAAACAGUUUUAUUGGACACCAGCUGGGCGGGGUAGUGGAAGUGCCAAACAGCAAGGACCAGCGGGUCAAGUCAGCCAGAGCCAUUCAAAUCACCUACUACCUCCAGACCUAUGGCUCUGCCACUCAAGACCUCAUAGGGGAGAAGUGGGAGAAUGAGUUCUGUAAACUUAUGCAGAAGCUCCAGGAGGAGCACCAGGACCUCCAGCUCUACUCGUUAGCAUCCUUUAGCCUCUGGAGAGACUUUCAUAAGACCAGCAUCCUGGCCAGGAGCAAGGUCCUAGUGAGCCUCAUGCUGAUCCUGACCACAGCCACCCUCUCCAGCUCCAUGAAGGACUGUUUGCGUGGCAAGCCCUUCCUGGGCCUCCUGGGGGUGCUCACCGUGUGCAUCUCUGUCAUUACUGCAGCUGGGAUCUUCUUCAUCACCGAUGGAAAGUACAAUUCCACCCUGCUGGGAAUCCCGUUCUUCGCCAUGGGUAACUAUCCAUCCUUGUGGUAA